AUGUCAUUGAACACUUCCACUGCAGGAAAAGGUGUGGAUCCAAACGCAGUUGACACUUACGACAGUGGCGAUGAUUGGGAAAUCGGUGUUGGGAAUUUAAUAAUUGAUUUGGACGCCGAUUUAGAGAAAGACAGACAGAAAUUUGAGAUGAAUAAUUCUAAUACCACCAGCAGCAGCAACACCAGCUCCAAGGAUUGCGGGGGUCUGGCUUCCAGUGGGGCUAAUGCUACCUCAGCCUUAGCUGAUGGCCUAAAAUUUGCUUCUGUUCAGCCCUCUGCUCCCCAGGGGAAUUCCUCUCACAAAGAGACUAGCAAAUCAAAAGUGAAAAGGAGUAAAACUUCUAAGGAUGCUAAUAAAUCUCUGCCUUCUGCUGCCUUGUAUGGGAUUCCUGAGAUCAGCAGUGCUGGCAAAAGGCAGGAAGUCCAAGGGCGCCCUGGAGAGGCAACUGGCAUGAAUUCAGCACUGGGUCAAAGUGUGAGCAGUAACCCAAACGGCAAUAAUAACAACACCAGCAGCACCACCACCGUUGCCUCGUGUGGGAAAAACAAAGAGGAGAAACCAGGUAAAGCCUCAGGAAGCCGAGGCUCCAAGCGGGAUAAGGAUGCAGGAAAAUCCAGGAAGGAGAAGCAGCAUGACCUGCAGCAGGGCCACCCCAAUGGCAGUGGGGGUGGCAAUAGCCAAAUUCCCUCUGGGCACCUCUAUGGCUUCGGGGCCAAGGGAGGCAGUGGUGGAAGCAGCAGCCCCUUCCAUUGCACCACUUCUGCUGUGGGGGAGGUGAGCAAAAGCACCCCGGAUUCAGGGUUAAUGGGGAACUCUGUUUUGGUAAAGAAGGAAGAGGAGGAGGAGGAGAGCCACAGGCGAAUCAAGAAAUUGAAAACAGAAAAGGUUGAUCCCCUGUUUACAGUGCCUGCACCUCCACCUCCGAUUUCCAGCAGUAUCACACCUCAGAUUCUGCCCUCCUACUUUUCCCCAUCUUCAUCCAAUAUUGCAGCACCAGUCGAGCAGCUUUUGGUACGGACACGUUCAGUGGGUGUAAAUACUUGCGAGGUCGGAGUAGUAACAGAACCCGAAUGCCUUGGACCCUGUGAGCCUGGGACCAGCGUGAACUUGGAAGGAAUUGUGUGGCAUGAAACUGAAGAAGGUGUCCUGGUGGUAAACGUUACAUGGAGGAACAAAACUUACGUGGGAACACUGUUGGACUGCACAAAGCAUGACUGGGCCCCUCCUAGGUUUUGUGAAUCACCAACAAGUGACCUGGAAAUGCGCGGAGGACGGGGCAGGGGAAAGCGGGCAAGGUCCGCUGCAGCUGCGGCUGUUCCUGGGAAUGAUGCGAGUUUUGCAGAGUCCAGAGGACUUCAAAAUAAAAAUCGAGGCGGUGCCAAUGGGAAGGGGAGGAGAGGCAGCCUUAACUCAAGUGGGCGCAGAACACCCCCAAACUGUGCCAUGGAUGAAGUCAAAGCCAGCCCCUCAUCCACAAACAAGAGGAAAACUAAGCCUCCUAUGGAGCUGGAUUUGAACUCCAGUUCAGAGGACAAUAAGUCUGGAAAACGCAUUCGUACUAACUCUAGAAGCACUCCCACUACCCCACAGGGGAAAUCUGAGACUACUUUUUUGGACCAAGGAUGCUCUUCUCCAGUGCUGAUUGACUGUCCUCAUCCUAACUGCAACAAGAAGUACAAGCACAUUAAUGGAUUACGUUACCAUCAGGCUCAUGCACACUUAGACCCAGAAAACAAACUGGAGUUUGAGCCUGACAGUGAAGACAAAAUUUCAGACUGUGAGGAAGCACUGAGUAAUGUGGCACUUGAAUGCAGUGAGCAAAGCACAAAUUUGCCAGGCUUUGAUCCACUAAAAGCACCGACAUCUCCUUCCUCCAUUGCUACCCCAGGGACCCCCAAGGGAAAGCGGGAACUGACCAGCAAUGGCUCUGGUUCAGUUAUCAGUUCCAAAACUGGCAAGAAUUCUGGCAAAAAGAAGGGUCUGAACAGUGAAUUGAACAGCCUUCCAGUAAUUUCUAACAUGGCAGCCACUCUGGAUAAUUGCUCAGUAGCAGAUGGCAAUUUGCAAACCGAAAUGCCGAAAUUGGAGGCUGAAGGGUUAAUUGACAAGAAGAGUUUGGGUGAUAAAGGCAAGAAAUCGAACAAUUGCAAAGUGGAUAAAAAUCUUUCCAAGCUGAAAACAGCCAGGCCCAUUGCCCCAGCGCCAGCCCCAACUCCUCCCCAGUUAAUAGCUAUACCUACUACAGCCUUUACAACCACCACUACAGGGACAAUUCCAGGAUUGCCCUCUCUAACAACUACUAUUGUUCAGGCUACACCAAAGAGCCCUCCACUGAAACCCAUUCAACCAAAGCCCACAAUUAUGGGAGAGCCAAGCACUGUAAACCCAGCUCUCACAUCACUCAAAGACAAAAAGAAAAAGGAGAAGCGAAAGCUGAAGGACAAAGAAAGCAAAGAGACGGGCAGCCCCAAGAUGGAUUCUAAGCUGGGGAAGCUGGAGGAUUCAAAAGGGUCUGGAAAAGAUUUAUCUGGACAUUUUUUAAAGGACCAUCUCAACAAGAAUGAAGUGCUAGCUAAUGGACUGUCAGAGUCUCAAGAGAGCAGGAUGGCAAGCAUUAAGGCUGAAGCUGAUAAAGUUUACACAUUCACAGACAAUGCGCCCAGCCCUUCCAUAGGGAGUGCCUCCAGGAUGGAAUGCAGCACUUUGGUGAAUGGACAAUCUGCCAUGGCCCCACUGCAUGUGUUGACGCAGAAUGGCGCAGACAGCACGGCUGCUAAAACCAACAGCCCUGCUUACUCAGAUAUUUCUGAUGCAGCUGAUGAUGGUGGCUCUGACAGCAGGUCAGAGGGCAUGAGGUCAAAGGCCAGCUCUCCAUCAGAUAUUAUUUCUAAUAAAGAUGGUGUUGUAAAAGGACAUUCUUCGACCACAGCACAAUCAGCUCAAGCAAAAGAGUCUCAUUCUCCCUAUUACCAUGGCUACGAUCCUUACUAUUCCCCAAGUUACUUGCACUCUGGACAGGUCAGUGCCCCAGCAGCUGGGAACAGCAGUACCCCACAGGGGCUGAAGAUUAAAAAAGAGGCUGAGGAAGAUGCUGAAAAGAAAGAGAAGGCAGAAUUGUCAGAUGCCAAGAAAAGCGAAAGCACUUCCUCUAAUUUGCAGCCGCAGCAUCAGUCAGUAAUAACUCAAAGACACCCUGCACUUGCUCAGUCACUUUAUUAUGGACAGUAUGCCUAUGGGCUCUAUAUGGACCAAAAGUCCUUAAUGGCCUCCAACCCUGCUUACAGGCAGCAGUAUGAAAAAUACUAUGAGGACCAGAGACUAGCAGAACAGAAAAUGGCACAAAGUGGCAGGGACUGUGAAAGGAAGAAUGACCCCCCCUUGAAGGAGAUUGGGAAGGAUGACAACAAGCAGAAGAAUAUUCCAUCUGCCACUAUUUCAAAGGCCCCUUCAACUCCAGAGUCCAGCAAAAAUAACACUAAAAUAGGGUCAUCAGUUCCUAACAAAGGUGAGGAGACAAGCAAAUCACAGAUCCUUUCCAAUCACCAGCAGCAGCUUCAGUCUGACACUUUCAAAGCCAAACAAAUGGAAAACCACCAGCUUAUAAAGGAGGCUGUGGAGAUGAAAUCUGUUAUGGACUCAAUGAAGCAAACAGGAGUAGAUCCAACCACAAGAUUUAAACAGGAUCCAGAUUCACGAACGUGGCAUCAUUAUGUCUACCAGCCCAAAUACCUUGAGCAGCAAAAAUCAGAAGAACUUGAUCGUGAGAAAAAGUUAAAAGAAGACAGUCCUAGAAAAACACCUAACAAGGAAAGUUCCCUGCCUAACCUUCCUGUCUCAUUAGCAAGCAUUAAAGAGGAGCCUAAGGAGGUCAAGCGUUCUGAUUCUCAAUCAGUGGAUGAGAGCAAGAUAAAAAACGAUGAUCAAAAGACUCCUGUAAAUUGGAAGGACUCUCGGGGUGCUAGAGUAGCAGUUUCCUCACCAAUGAGCCAGCAUCAGUCAUACAUCCAGUACUUGCAUGCUUAUCCGUAUCCGCAGAUGUACGAUCCCAACCAUCCAGCCUAUCGCGCAGUCUCUCCUGUCCUAAUGCACAGCUAUCCUGGGGCCUAUCUCUCUCCAGGAUUUCAUUAUCCAGUUUAUGGAAAGAUGUCAGGGAGAGAAGAGGCAGAGAAGGUCAAUACCAGCCCAAGCAUCAAUGCAAAAUCAACCACUGAGUCCAAAGCACUGGAUUUGCUCCAGCAGCAUGCCAACCAGUACCGCAGCAAGUCACCUGUUCCUGUGGAAAAAUCACCAGCUGAGCGUGAACGGGAAGCAGAGAGAGAACGAGACCGCCAUUCUCCUUUCAGCCAGCGGCAUCUCCACACACACCACCACACACAUGUUGGAAUGGGCUACCCCCUUAUACCUGGGCAGUAUGACCCAUUUCAAGGAUUGACCUCUGCUGCCCUUGUUGCCACUCAGCAGGUGGCUGCACAGGCAUCUGCAUCUGGUAUGUUUCCUGCACAAAGAAGGUAA